GGGCGGGCAGCGCGGGCUGCUCGGAGCCCUGAUGGUGGUGGCGGCUCCGUCUCCCUCUCCCCGCCUGUCCUCGGCCGGCCAUGGACCGCUACGUGCUGCUCCUCAGCUGGGGGGAGCGCAGGGCUGAGGGCGGUGCGGAGCCCGGAGCAGCUGUGACUGCUGCAAAUGUUUAUAAACUUCUGAAAGAAAACUGUAAUUCAUCUGUAAAUGCAGAUGCAAGGACUUUUCCAGCAUGUUCACUGGCUGGCAUUCCAGGCAUAAGGAAAUGGUAUUUUGCAAGUCAUGUUAUAUGUGGUUAUUAUCAGUUCUGCAGUUCUGACUGGGAGGAAAUAAAUUCCGACACACAGAAUAAUGAAGACUCUCUCCAAACAAGUAUUGAUGAAUGUCUGGGAGCCAUACAGAAUUUUGAGGAAGAAGACAAUAACAGUAGGGAGUCACUGUCUAUGACUGACAUUUAUGAUGAAGCUGCAGAAAGCCUGCAUCAGUUAGCUGACAAACUGCCUGCCCCAGGAAGAGCAAUGGUUGAUGUAAUACUACAGGCAGUAGAACGAGAUGCACCCAAGUUGAAAGACUGCUUACCUGCUAUUGGUGCCCUGAAACACCUGAAAGAAUGGCACUCAGCGCAAAUCACCAUUGCAGCAAACGACUCUAAAGGCUGGCAAAAGAUUGCAGACUACCUAUCGGCAGACUUUGUAUCUACAGAUAAUGUCAUGAAUAUUAUUGAUUUCAAAGAACUCUGGAGGGGAAAGAUUCAGAUAUGGGAAAGAAAGUUUGCAUCAGAAGUCAGGUUUCCAGAAUUUUGUAUGAAGAGCACUUCAGUAAAACCAUUCAGCACUUCACAUUUAAAUUCUUGCUUUGCUCUUGAAAAAGAGCAACAAUAUAGGAAUACUCAUGCUUUGCCAGAGGUUUUUCAUUACUAUGGUCCUGCGUUAGAAUUUUUACAGAUGGUUGUCCUCUCUGAUCUACCGUCCUUUUUUGUAUCAGAUCUGGAAUUUGAGCUGAGCCUGUCAAGAAAGAAUAUCAAGAAGACAUCCGCACUGCUUUUAGAUCAGAUUUCUUCUCUAUCUGGGAAGGUGGGAGCUUUAUUUGCAUUGCCGUGUAAUGUAAGCAGUAUAGUGAUCCCAUCCCCUGCCCAGCUGAGUACAAAGAAAUGGAAGGAAUAUAUGGCUAGGAAACCUAAGAUCAUUACUGUUCCAGAAAUUGAACUGAAAGGAGAAUCUUGCCGAUAUUAUUUCUUGCUACAAGGCAAUGGCUCAGGGGGAUGUAAAGCAACUUUGAUUCAUUCUGCUAUCCAAAUCAAUGGUAUGGCCACUCUUGCUACAGUAAAUGGAAAGCUAAAGACAAACACAGAAGAAACAGAGCCAAGCUUUCCUAUUGCUGAAUUUAUUGAGUCUCUGCCACAUUUUUGUGGAAAGCAGAUUGUACAGAGGGAAAAGAAACUGUCUUGUCUCCAAGCAUCUGCGUUGAAGGAGUAUCUAAAGAGAAAGGAAUUGACCAAGCAACCUCCAGUUAUUUCAGCUGGUGAGCUCAAAAACUUGUUAGAACUUACAAGAAAAUGUUUUUUGGACUUGUGCAACACUAGUCUUCCUAAACCUGUUCGACAGAAGGUUGUCAAUAAAACUAAGUCAUGUACUGUGACUUCUGAAUCUGAUUUAAUGGAGUUGGAUCCUUUGGACUGGCCAGAAAGACAUGUUCUUCAGAAUUUGGAAAACUUCGAAAAAAUCAAGCAGAAAAUGAGGGCUUCUGUGUUUGCACAUUCAUCUGAACAACUGCUGGGACAUAAAGAUAGCCAGCGGGAGUCACUGACAUUGCUCGACGCUAAAGAAUUACUGAAAUACUUCACACCAGAAGGGCUGCCAGUUGGUGAUCUUCAGCCACUACAGAUUCCCAAACGUGAAAAUGCAUUCCUUUUGACACCAGAGCUUACUCCUCGGAAACUUAGAGGCUUGCCUUUUGAAAAAGCAGCUGGGUGCCAUUAUCAUGGACUUGAAUACUGUCUAGAUAACAGAAAAGCCCUAGAGAGAGAUGUGGGGUAUGCUGAACUUCAAACUCGUCUUAUUCGCUAUGAAACUCAGACGACUUGCACCAAAGAGUGCUGCCCUGUGCCGGUUGUCUUGAGCCCUCUCCCAUCUCCUGCAGUCUUGUCAGAGCCUGGAAGCGUCCCCGAUGGAGAGUCUUUACAAAGUGAAUUCAGAACAGAGGCAUCAAGGCUCAAACGCAGAUCAAAAGACUUGGAGUGCUUUUAUCCCAAGAAGAGACUAACCAAAUCUGAGAGUACAGACUCUCUCCUCUCCCAGGCAAGCGGAGGUAGUGGAAGUCACAAUACAGUGGUUGUAACAAGGAAACGCUCUGAAAGAUCAGUUUCUUUAACUUCAGUGCAAUUGAAACAGUCUGGUCAGCCCCCCAAAGUAGCCACUAAGGUUGGCUCAGGAAGUCACAGAAGUGCAACAGAAUCUGAGACUUCAAAGCCAGUAAAGGAAUCAAGAUCUCAGAAACAUACAAGGAUGCUGAAGGAGGUGGUAGCCAAGACUCUUCAAAAACAUGGAAUUCCAGAGGAUCACAAGUGCUUUGAAUCAUGCAGCCAACGUCUAUUUGAGAUAUCGAAGUUUUACUUAAAGGAUCUUAAAACUUCUAGAGGACUUCUUGAUGAAAUGAAGAAAACAGCAAAUAACAAUGCUAAACAGGUGAUUGAAUGGGUUUUGGAAAAAUCUGGCAAGUAGAUUAACUGCUGUUCACACCUUCCUAGAAACUGUGGAGAGAGCACUUCUGAUGGCAAGAAAAACAUUAUACUGGAUAACACGUACAUACACGUACACAAGCAUCAGAAGAACUUUGGUCAGUGUAAUUAUACAGACUUCCUUUUCAAGCACAGUAGCAUGCUUUGAAACUUUUUAUACUGAAAGUUUUAAUUUUUUAAAAAUUUCAAUUGAAAAAGGUUUUAUUUUAUUUGCAUAUUUAUUAUCUUUCAUUGUUAGAAGGAAUACAGCUUGGUCUUUAUCAAGCUUUGUAUCUUUUUCAAUGAGUGUAUUUUUAAUGUGAAUUAAAAAAAAAAUUGCCAGAUCUGAUUUUAAUAACGGGACUACUUUGUUUUACUCUUUUGCACAAAGACCUCUAUUUAUUACUACUUGCUGUUGUAUAAGCCGAAUACAACUGCUUACAGCGUGGACCUUUGACAUUUUAUAUUGUAGCUGACAACAGUUCCUAUUCUGCUACUGGAAACAAAUAUAAUGAGUCACAAUUCUCUCUGUCUUGUAAUAGGAAAAAAAAUCGACAUCUUUUCAAACUUGAUGAAAGGUCCCAUGAAAUGAUAUUUUAAGGGGAGAGCUACAGCCUGAAUUUCUGUGUAAUCUUCCUAACAAUCCUUAGACCUCUGUUGUGAAUUGUUUCUGAGUUUUUUUCAUGGAGGGGGAAGACAAGAUCAAGAUGCUAGUAGUAAUGAUGACUGAGAGAGCUGUGAAACAGUGGGCAAACUAUGAUGAAAUGUAAUACAAGAAUUUCUACCUGAGUUGCAAGCACAUGAAAGUACUCAAUAAGCCUCAGCUUGCUUAAGUUUUGGGCAUGUAUCAGGUUUGCACUAGUAAUUAUUCCGUUUAGUAUUGUGUUGAGUUGAGGAGUUCCUACCAAAACAAAUACAUUUUAUAGAUUUCAGUGUAAGGAUUUCCUAUUUCUCAUAGAGACUAACAUGAUUUCACUUGACAGAUGCAGUGUUACUGUUUGCUAUAUUCUCCUAGAAGGAAAAUGGAUUAAGCAAUACUAAUAUAUGUGAAAUUUAAUAUUAUGAGAAAAUAUGAUUGAACUAAACCAUAUGUAGAUUAGAGUUAAUACUGUAAAAUCUACCUGUUCUCUGAAGAGUCUUUAGAAUUUUGUGACUUUAUCUUUGCUAAAUUCUAUUUUGUGUACAGCCAAGCCCUAAGGAGCUGUUUUUUGUUGUUGUUUGCUUUGGGAGGUGUGUGUGCACUCGUGUGCAUGUCUAACAGGAUCUUGCAUUCUACUCUUCUUUUCCUUUGUUCCAAUGUGCAUUGUUCUCCUGAACUCUACAUGAACUUUUAUAUAUAUAUGGGUGUGCAUUUGUUUGAACUGUACUCUCUCUGCUUUACUGUGACCGUAAGCUGUAGCGAGUAGAAUCAUAGAAUAUCCCAAGCUGGAAGGGAUCCACAGGGAUCAUCGAAUCCAGCUCCUGGCUCCACACAGGGCUACCUAAGAAAUCAGACCAUGUGUCUGAGCGCGUUGUCCAAAUUCUUCUUGAACUCUGGCAGGCUCAGUGCCGUGACCACUGCCCUGGGGAGCCUGUCCUAGUGCCCGACCACCUCUGGGUGCAGAACCUUUCCCUAACCCCAAGCCUGACCCUCCCCUGUCCCAGCUCCAUGCCGUUCCCUCGGGUCCUGUCGCUGUCCCCAGAGAGCAGAGCUCAGCACCUGCCCCUCCGCUCCCCUCGUGAGGGAGCUGCAGGCCGCCAUGAGGCCUCCCUCAUCAAUGCACAUCUUUGCUCUGGACAGGCACAACCGCUUUGGAGAGCGCCUGCAACACAUCCAUAGCAUCCAGGUCAAUAACUUCAAAGGUUUUUACUAAUUUCAUGAAAUAGAAACACUAUGAAAGUAGAUGUUUAAAUAAUUAUAUAAUGGGUAUAUGCACAAAAUUGCUCCAAUGUAUUAACCAAUGUUUAUGGUUCCCUUCUCUCUGCAUUCAAGACAAGAUGUUUUUCCAUGUAAUUGUGUAAGUAUUCUUACAGUCACUUUAAAAUACACGAACACAUACACUUGUUGUGUUAAAUAUAAAAUACUUUGCCCAUACAACAAGAAACGUAGGAAUAAGAUGUCGCUUUCUUAACAUCCAGUAUUGAAUGAAGUCUUUACUUCCCAAGAGAGGUCUUAAGUUCUAAUUUCAUAUAUUCAGCCUGAGUGCUGAUACUACUGUUGUGCGGAUAUUAAUGCAAGCUACUGAAAUUUGCAUUUUCUGCAUGAUGUUUUUGUUUUGUAUAGUUGUAAUCUGCUACAGCAGAUUGAAAAAAAAUAUAUAGUUAAUAAAUUCUCUGUUCACGCAGAAGUUGACAAGCAAAAGUAUAAAAACUACAUUUCAUAAAAUAUGAGGUUUACUGUCACGAGCAGAGAAAAUGCCUUUCAUGGAAGUAAUUCAUAAUCUUUAGCUGGCUUUUGUGAUGAAAAACUGUCUGCAUGUAUCUGUAGAAGGGCUUCUAUUUAAAAAAAAAAUCUUAAAAAUCAAUCAAACAACAACAAAAAACCACCUCAUUCUUCCCUUACCUUUCUGUGGUGUACAUAGUGAGCCCUGGAUUUAAAUACGAUCUCCCUUCAUGAGCAAGUAGAAGCCAAUGGUUAUUGUUUUAAUUAAUUCUGUAGACUCAAAGGCUGGCCUAAAAUAAUCAGCAGGAAAGCAGUUAGGGAAACAUAAGCAGUUUGAUGUGUCAUUUGUUUGCAUGAUUCCCAAUACUGAGCUAAUACAGUGCUGCCCACAUCUCAUUUGCACUUCAUUAUUAUGUUGUUGUUGUUUUAUUUUUUUUAUGGUAAAUGACAGCUAGUUUAUAAUCAUGGCUUAAUAACUUACUGCACCCCAUCUGAGCUGUGAUAACUCCCUGUGCAUGCUCUUAACCUGGCAAAAAGCAUGCAAAAUAAUUUGACCUGGCUUACAGUAACAGCAUUAAAGCAAAAUAUUUUGCACCUGUCAUAGUUUUAAAACCCCACAAUUAAGGGCACCCACAGCCCAGCUACCAUGCAGUAACUUUUGCGAUGCAGAACGUAAUGCCACUCUGUGCCUCUGAACUUCAAAUGUUUUGUUUCUGGACGAUGAACCCCACUCUAGUCUGCCCUGUGCGUAUUUACUGUAGAAGCUUUGGGCGCUUGCUUUCCUGGUUUUGCACCUCAGGAUGUGUCACACUCAUCAGCGUACAUUGGGGUCUACCCCUGUGCUUACACAAGGCUGGGGUAAGACAACACUGAUACAGUCAUGAUUACCUGGUGAGGUGAUUACUUACAGUAUUGCAGCAAUUGUAUUAUGAAUAUCACUUAAAUUGCUUAGAAAUCCUUUUCUUAAUUAACAAACUCACCAGUUCUUCCUAAGGAGUCAUUUUGUAAUGCCACUAAUUAUUUACACAAGCACAGGAAUUCUAAUGAAGGAAACAAGCCGAAUCCUAUGUGGACAAUGGAGCUCAUAUAUUCACAAGAGUUUUUUUUCUCCUUAUGGUUUUAAAUUAAACUUUGCCCUGGUUAAUCUAGGGGUUGCCUUGUAUCAAGCAAGCUAAUUGUUUCUUGAAAUUUUGCUACUUCAUUAUUAAGGUCUCCUGUUACAAAUCAUAAUGUCAGCACUGAAUUCAAAGUGUCCAUUUUAGAUACGAUUUCCAAUUACUUUGUAGAUUAUUUUUUUGUUUCCUUCUGGUAGAAUAGUCCCAGUAACAGCCAGUUAGAAACCUGCCUCUUUGACUUCUACGAAAAAGAUGAACUUACAAAGCUCUAAAUACUCUAAAAAUCUGGAGGCUUGGGGUGAAAACAAAGCAGUGCCAGUUAACUUCUAAACAUGGCCAAGGGGACACUGAGAAGUUUCUUGGUAGAUGGAAAUCUGAUCAAGCUCUACUUGAAAUCAGCUGCGCUUCAUGAUGAGAAGGGUGGGAUGGAGUGCGCUCCCAGGGCCUGGGGGAAGAAGGAGUACUUACCUUUCACAAAAAGGGGAAACGCCUUUCUUUAUGGGGCAAAGAAAGCCUUCAGUGACAUUCAUGGUAGUGGUUCACUUGGGAGGGCCUAAGGAGUUGUGUUCUGAUUUAUUAAACACCUUAAGAGAAAUGCUAGUUCUACUUAAAAAGCAGGACUCUUAGGAAACACCAGUAUGCUUCCCUGAACACAGGCAGAUCAGAUUUAUUUUAUUUUUUUAUUUUUUAACAAACACCUUAUAUCACAUCUUUCCAGUAACAUACAUGUUCCGAUAUGUAUCCAAGUCUUUCUAACGGUGAAGCUUCUACGCAGACCUCCUGAUCAGAAUGUCCAAUCUACAAUCAGUGUCUUGUGAAGAGUGAAACUCUACAACUACCCCUUUUUAGGAUUUCCACGAGGCUGGUCUGCCACACCCCUGUAACACUGACAGAAGAGACUUACAACCCCACAGUUAGCUAUUUGGGCCACGAGGUUAAGAAUUAAAGUAGAGGGGAAACAAACGUUCUUGUUUUCCUUAACUGUUCAUAAGAACUAACCAAGGCACGUGUUGGCCCCACUCCUUGAACGCAGAGGCUUGAGCAGAAGUAUUUUAUAACUGCUGGAACUGCCCAGUUAAGUAUAAGCAACAGAGAAAGCAUCGUAACUUCAGCAGGUGAGUCUGAACAGCCUUGCCCAGAACACCCCUUUGGCCUCUCAGUAAACACCAGCAGAAAAAAAAAAAUGCUAUUUAAUAUGCUUUCAGAUUGUCAUAGGAAUAAUGUUUAUUUAAUAGAAAGCACCAACGUGCCAUUGACAGUACGUUAAUACUUUAUUAUUAUUAUUUUUAAAAGUCAUUCUGUCGAUAUGAUGAAUGGCUCUUUCAAGUAACUGAACUCCUACAGAAUGACUGAGGUGUAGAACAUGGCGUUCCCCAGCCCCAAACCAAAGGACAGCCUGCUAAACACCUCGUCUGGGUACAAAGUAAGCUCACCUCACAAAAAUCCAAUAAAUGACUUUAUUAAAUAUAUUCUUUUCCUCUAAAAUAUAAAUAUUCACUAUACUCUUAUAAAUGUGGAGUAGGUCCAUAUUUCAUUUGUCUAUCCCAUCCAAAUAUGAAUCAGUCCAAAAUCUGAAAAUGAAGAAAUAGCAUCUGUAAUUAUCAUUAUUUUUUCUAUAAAUAUAUAUAAUACGAACUUUCUUUGCAAACUGUUUAGUUAUUCACUUAUACUUCAUAUAGUACUGAGCACCUUAGAUUACAUAUUGUGUAAUUUACUUGUUGGUACUAAUAUAGGAAUUUGUACUAUUUACAAUGCACAUACAGGUUAAGUAUAACAUUCCAGUGAUCUGUAAGUGUUAAAAGAAUAAGGAAAUAGUGCAGUACAGUUACAUAUGUAUUUAACCUACCCCACAAUAUGCAAGUUCUCACUUUAACCUCGGGAACUUUUAUAGGAGCCUGGGUCCAAACUUUUAAGUUACACUUUGGAACAGCAAUAAACCACUUUGCACACAGCGUCCUCGACCACUUUUUAAAAUUUUCACGCGUUUUUACUUGACAAUGUGAUCUGAGUUCAUGUUCGGAGCCCUCGUCCCCCAGCGUACCGACUGCUCUCAGCCUCUCAGAAGACGUUACGUCCUAGAAGCUUCCAAGCCAAAGGAGACCUAAAUAACUGCUACAGAAAGACACGUGAAUGGCAGUGGGAGCAAAGCAAGAAAUGUACAUUUGAAAAUUAUCGGUAAAUUAUGUAACAUAGCUCCUGACUUGUGAACUUACACAAGGAAUUAAGGUUCAAGUGCAAGUACCAUGACAGUAAAAACAACGUUCACAGACAGGUAGAUCACCUUACAGACUUCUCACUGGAGAGAGGUGCUGGCAGUGGGGCUGGUGUCCCAAAUGUCAGCUUAGCUAAUGGGCUAAAAUAAUUGUUUUCAGUAUUUCAGUCUAUCUUAAUUUUAAAUUAGUUUUGAUGAUUAGGAUACCUAUGGAAACCACCACAAGCUAAUUCCUACACUGUGAAAAAACAGCAUGACUUAAUCUUAACUCUCAAGACUUAGUUUAAAAGCAACAUAGAACCAAACUCUGUUUUUAAUUUUCUUCUUUACUAGCCCAGUGAUGUUACAUCGAAACGUACUGGCUUUCUGAAGAAUAAAACAGAUGUUGUAGCACGAAAAGUGAAUUUUUACAAGCUUUUCAUUUAUCAUUUCCUAUACAGUUCCUGUCCUUCAAAGUGGGAAUUUAGGGCAAAACUCUAAAAGCAAACAACCCUACGUAAAGCAGUUCAAUUUAAAAUUUAAGAGCAAUAUAAAUGCAACCCCUGUUCUGUUUCUUUCUAUUCCCACCCAGCGACACUGAGCCAAUCCAGUAGUGCCAGGUGCAAGUUGUAUCAUCCCGCAAUGAAGAGCAGCUUGCCUGCCCUGCUGCCCACAACCUAACUGUGAACAGGGCUCGAGCUUAGCUGUGACUGUUUUGACUUGGAGCAGUAAGUUGUGGUACAGAACAGGAAACCAUAAGGCAUGUGUACAGAGGUGACCUUCCUAAGCAAGUUUUACCAGCAAGGAAUAAAUCUGGACUUGCACCCAAUGUACUUAAUAUUAACCUAGGCUAAAGAUGACAACUCCUUUCUUCACUAGUUCUUAACGUAGCUGAUUUAGCAGCAGAAAAGAAGUCUAAGCUCCAAGUCACUCUCGCAGGAGCAGUUCCAUAUUAAGGCUUUUCUGACAUGUUCCUGCUCCCCGUGCAUCUCCUCAGCAGUGAGGAGCUGCUCUUGAUCAAAUCAAGAAAAUAAAAAAAAAAAGAAGUCUUCCUCCUUGCCCAGAUUUGCGAAAUGAAGACCA